AUGCACAUCGCGGCUUUGGUGCGUACUGCCGCUACAGCCAUCGGCUUCGGCGCCGCGGUGACCGCUUCGGAUCCGGGACAAGUCCCGCUCGGCCAUAGUCGCGGACCGCAACCACAACGGCGGCAACCCAAUGUUGUGUUCGUUUUAACGGAUGACCAAGAUGUUCAUCUUGGGUCUUUGGACUAUAUGCCUCUUGUGAAGAAGCAUCUGCUGGAUCAAGGAACAUAUUUCAGCAGUCAUUACGCAACGACGGCGGUGUGCUGCCCGUCCCGUGUCACGAUAUGGACGGGGAAGUUCGCGCAUAAUACGAAUGUUACGGAUGUUAGUCCGCCGUAUGGCGGUUAUCCAAAAUUCGUAGCGGAAGGCUUCAAUGAUAAUUACUUCCCUGUGUGGUUGCAGCAAGCUGGUUACAACACGUAUUAUACGGGGAAGCUGUUCAACGUGCACACGGUAGAGAAUUACAACUCACCUCCACCAGGGGGCUUCACGGGAUCGGACUUCUUACUAGACCCUCAUACAUACGACUACCUAAACAGCACCUUCCAGCGCAACGGAGAAGAACCACGCAGCUACGAAGGGCACUACAGCACCGACGUCCUAGCAGGAAAAGCCUACGGCCUCCUAGACGAAGCCGUCGAAGCCAGAAAACCCUUCUUCCUCGUCGCCGCCCCCAUCGCCCCCCACGCCAACGUAGCCAUGAAACUACACUCAGGCCCUCGCGACCCGGACAACCUCCCCUUCGAAUUCACCGAGCCGAUCCCCGCAGACCGCCACAAACACCUCUUCCCCAACGAAAAAGUGCCGCGGACCGCGAACUUCAACCCGGACCAGUCUUCUGGCGCAAACUGGAUCACCACGCUCCCGCAGCAGAACGGGACGAACGUCGCGUACAACGACCACUUCUACCGACAACGCUUGCGCUCCCUGCAAGCCGUCGACGAGCUCGUCGACGGUCUGAUCUCCCGACUUGAGGACUACGGGAUUCUGGAGGAUACGUAUAUCGUGUAUAGCAGCGACAACGGGUACCACAUCGGACAGCACCGACUCCAGCCCGGCAAGAGCUGCGGGUACGAGACGGAUGUGAACGUCCCGCUCAUCGUGCGGGGGCCGGGGGUUGCGAGGAAUUAUACGGCGGGCGGGGUGGUGAGCACGCAUGCGGAUCUUGCGCCGACGUUCUUUGGGUGGCUUGGGAUUGAGGCGAGAGAGGACUUUGACGGGGCUGCGAUACCGGUUACGCAGGAGGAGAUUGGGGGGGUGAGGGAGAGGGGCGAGAGGAGGGAACAUGCGGGGAUUGAGUAUUGGGGGUUUGCGAUGGGGGAGGGGGUUUAUAAUCGGGAUCCUCGUGAGAAUAACACGUACAAGGCCCUUCGUAUCUCGGGGCCGGGGUAUAACUUGUACUAUUCCGUCUGGUGCAAUAAUGAGCAUGAGCUCUAUGAUAUGAAGGCCGACCCAGAUCAACUCCACAACCUCCUCUCCCCUUCCUCAUCCUCAUCUCAAUCCUCCACCUUAGCAGCCAACCACCCCGUUGAAAAACUCGCCUCCCGUCUCGACGCCCUCCUCCUCGUCCUAAAAACCUGCACCGGCAAACAAUGUCAACACCCAUGGUCAUCCCUACACCCAGACGGAACCGUGAAAUCCCUCGCCGACGCGCUGGCCCCCCGCUAUGACGCCUUCUAUCUGAACAACCGGGAAGUAGCGAGCGUAAAGUACGCGUACUGCGCCAACGGAUUUAUUCCCGAGGCGGAGGGGCCGACGUGGGAGGAUGAUGGGCGGGCUUUUGGGGGGUAUGGGUAUUUGAAGGAGGGGCGGUGGGAGGAUUGGGUUUAGGUAUGAUGGUUUUUCCUUAGAAAAAAGAAAGAAAAACGGCUUUCAAAGAGAAUAGUAGGUAGUUGGUUUAGCUUACGUUGGAUAAUUGGGCGUGAGAU